AUGCAAGGUAAUGUGGAAGCAUUCUAUGGGAUGCGCAUUGCGGCCACGACAGGCCAUAUGGAAGCGGCAUAUCUAGUUGGACUACUUGGCAUCUCCGGAAUUGGAACUAGGGAUGCUUUGAGACGAACAUUAAGCCGAAUUAAGUUCAAUCACUACAGCGCUUGUAACAACAACGAAUGGUGUUUUGUUAUUCAAGGCUGGGCUACUGAAGAAAAGAUAAAUCCUGCCUUCUGGACUUGUUGCAAUCGAUGCAAAUGGCACCGUGAGAGUGUUUUUUGGUUCAAGGUGAUGCGUGUGUAUGUUGUGCCAGGGAAUUCAUACCCUUAUAAUUAG